CCUGCCCAAUUGUGUUUUUCUUGGCUAACUCUUCCUCGUUCUCUUUCUGGAAAAAAGUAGGACCACUACUGGCUAUUCCAUUUCUGGGGCUUUUGGUAAGGUUAUUGGGACAUGAGGAAGCCUUGUUGUGAUAAGCAAGACACCAACAAAGGGGCAUGGUCCAAGCAGGAAGACGAGAAGCUUAUUGAAUACAUUCGCAAACACGGCGAAGGCUGCUGGCGAACUCUCCCCAAGGCCGCGGGCCUCCUUCGCUGCGGUAAGAGUUGUAGGCUUAGGUGGAUAAACUAUCUGCGGCCGGACCUUAAAAGGGGCAACUUUGCUGAAGAUGAAGAAGAUCUCAUCAUCAAGCUUCAUGCACUCUUAGGAAAUCGGUGGUCGCUAAUAGCUGGGAGAUUGCCUGGCCGUACAGACAAUGAAGUGAAGAAUUACUGGAACUCUCAUCUGAGGAGAAAGCUUAUAAACAUGGGUAUUGAUCCAAAUAAUCACCGCUUGACGACUCACACUUUCGCUCCCCCUAAAAACCCACAUGGUUCCAUUUCCACCAGUGCAACCUCCUCUGCUCCAAAAAUUAAUCCACCCAAUAACAAUCAUCCAUUGGUCAAAUCUCAUAGCCGAGACAAUUACCAUGUAUCCGACGCUGGAAAUUGCCUCCCACACGAGCCGUCUCUCCCCGAUCUAAACCUAGAUCUCACCAUAAACAUUCCACCUCCUUUGGUUGCUAAUGUUGAAGAUGAAGGAAAGCAGAAAGAUACGUCCAACGAUGCAUGUAGGGAACAUGAAUUUACCCAGUCUUCCCCUGUGCCCCUCCUCCUCUUCCGGUAGCUGUGUUGGCCUCUCGUUCAAGCUAGGGCAGAAGGGCACGCAUUCUGUGUACCCUAUUGUUUCUCUCCAAACAAUAUAAGUUGCUCCUAGUAGUGCUGAAAUUUCAACAAAAUUUAGCCAAACGUACAAUGCACUUACAUCCAGGGGUGCGACGCGGGGAAUUACUUUCACUAAAAGGGUCCAACCUUAAAGUACAUGAGAUAUAUAUAUAUAUAUAUAUUAUAUGUACGUACAAAAUUGUGGAAAGAUUCAUGAGGUGAUAAUUCAUCAAUAUUUUCUCUUGUAAAUUAAUUGUAUUAGUCAUCAUAUAUAUACUAUAUAUUGUACGAUCCACUAGAUAGACAAAUGUAAUAAUAUAUAAGCGAGGGUUGCAAUUUAUGUUCAUGCAUGUAGCUGUGAACAUAGAUUUUCUCUGAGUUUAUUGUUAUCUUCUCUUCAUUAAGGCUUAAUUUGAUGCAUAAAUAUUCAUAAAUUCU